UCGCCGUACGCCAAGAUGGCGGAAGUGCACUUCCUCCCACACUUCCUGCCCCGCCCGCGCCCGCUAGGCCUGGAUUGGCCCCGGCAGCGGCCCGUCGCGUCGCGCUGCGGAACCGUCGGAGCGACGCCGCUCUCAGUCGGCGGCCGGAGAGGGAAGAUGGACGCAGCUACUCUAACCUACGACACUCUUCGAUUUGCUGAGUUUGAAGAUUUCCCGGAGACCUCAGAGCCUGUGUGGAUACUGGGUAGAAAAUACAGCAUUUUCACAGAAAAGGAUGAGAUCUUGUCCGAUGUGGCAUCCAGACUUUGGUUUACAUACAGGAAGAACUUCCCAGCCAUUGGGGGCACUGGCCCCACCUCGGACACAGGCUGGGGCUGCAUGCUGCGCUGCGGACAGAUGAUCUUUGCCCAGGCCCUGGUGUGCCGCCAUUUAGGCCGAGAUUGGAGGUGGACCCAGCGGAAGAGGCAGUCUGAUAGCUACUUCAGUGUCCUCAACGCGUUCAUCGACAGGAAGGAUAGUUACUACUCCAUUCACCAGAUAGCACAAAUGGGAGUUGGCGAGGGCAAGUCCAUCGGCCAGUGGUACGGGCCCAACACUGUUGCCCAGGUGCUCAAGAAACUGGCUGUCUUCGACACCUGGAGCGCCUUGGCAGUCCACAUAGCCAUGGACAACACGGUGGUGAUGGAGGACAUCAGAAGGUUGUGCAGGGGCAGCCUUCCGUGUGCGGGGGCCACCGCACUUCCCGCGGAUUCCAGCCGGCACUGUAAUGGCUUCCCGGCGGGAGCGGAGGUCACCAACAGGCCGGCACCAUGGAGACCCCUGGUGCUUCUCAUCCCUCUGCGCCUGGGGCUCACAGACAUCAACGAGGCCUAUGUGGAGACGCUGAAGCGCUGCUUCAUGAUGCCUCAGUCCCUGGGAGUGAUCGGAGGGAAGCCCAACAGCGCUCACUACUUCAUCGGCUAUGUGGGUGAGGAGCUCAUCUACUUGGACCCGCACACGACGCAGCCUGCGGUGGAGCUGACUGACAGCUGCUUCAUCCCAGACGAGAGCUUCCACUGCCGCCACCCGCCUAGCAGGAUGGGCAUCAGCGAGCUCGACCCAUCCAUUGCCGUGGGCUUCUUCUGUAAGACUGAGGACGACUUUGAUGACUGGUGCCAACGAGUCAGACAGCUGUCAUUGCUUGGAGGUGCCCUGCCCAUGUUCGAGCUGGUGGAGCAGCAGCCUUCCCACCUGGCCUGCCCCGACGUCCUGAACCUGUCCUUAGAUUCUUCUGACGUAGAGCGACUGGAAAGAUUCUUUGAUUCAGAAGAUGAAGACUUUGAAAUCUUGUCUCUUUGAAAAUCCUGGAGUUGGGGGACACUCUUCACUGGCCCUUCCUGGGGGCCCCUUCCAGAGCCCGGCCCUGCCUCAGGGCGCUUGGCGCCGCCGUGUUUCAUCCAUCCAGCCUGCCCGUCCGCUGAAUGCCCACGCCCCAUGCUGCCUCCGCCCACAGAUGGAGGACUGCCCUGUUCUGGGGGCCUUCCUGCGAGCCUGGGGACUGUGCAGGCCCGGAGGGCUUGCCGGGCUCCCUGGCACAGACGAGGCGCCGCCCGUGGGAAGGCCUGUGCAGCUGGGCAGGCGCUCCUGAGAGCUGAGCCGUUCGCACCUGAGAGCUCUCCCUGCGACUCGGCCCGCCCUGUGUUUGCGUGCUGCCUCUGCCCUGCUUCCUCCUGGGCACUCGGUUCUGGGUUUGCUUUGGAAUUAAAGUCCUGUUUGAAGUUCCA